AUGCGGGCUUCGUGGAUGCGGGCGCUGCUGCUGCAGCUGCUGCUGGCGGGACUCGGAGGCUGCUUGAGCCGCCAAGAGCUCUUCCCUUUCGGGCCGGGCCAGGGAGACCUGGAGCUGGAGGAUGGGGAUGACCUCGUCUCCCCUGCCCUGGAGCUCACCGAGGCGCUCCGAUUCUACGACAGAUCCGACAUCGAAUCGGUCUAUGUCACCACAAAUGGCAUCAUCGCCAUGAGUGAACCCCCAACCAAGGAAUCCCAGCCUGGGCUCUUCCCACCAACCUUUGGCGCAGUUGCACCCUUCCUGGCAGACUUGGACACUACAGAUGGCCUCGGGAAGGUUUAUUAUCGUGAAGACUUAUCCCCCUCCGUCAUUCAGCUGGCAGCGGAAUGUAUCCAGAGAGGGUUCCCAGAGGUUGUUUUCCAGCCCAAUAGUGUGGUGGUUGUCACCUGGGAAUCUGUGGCUGCCUACCAAGGGCCCAACAAAGACCCUAUCCAAGAAGGCAAGAGAAACACGUUCCAGGCUGUUCUGGCCUCCUCCGAAUCUAGUUCCUACGCCAUUUUCCUUUAUCCUGAAGACGGCCUGCAGUUCUAUACGACAUUCUCAAAGAAGGAAGAGAACCAAGUCCCUGCAGUGGUGGCAUUCAGUCAAGGUUUAGUGGGAUUCUUGUGGAAGAGCAAUGGAACAUAUAAUAUAUUUGCUAAUGACAGAGAAUCAAUUGAGAAUUUGGUCAAGAGCAGCAACUCUGGGCAGAAGGGUAUCUGGGUGUUUGAGAUUGGGAGUCCUGCAACGGCCAAUGGCGUGGUCCCUGCAGAUGUGAACCUCGGACCCAGCAAUGGAGAAGAGUAUGAUGAGGAGGAGGAUGAAGAUUAUGACCUAGUCACCACUCAUCUGGGCUUGGAGGAUGCUACCACCCAAUCCUUCCCUUAUGAGACUGCGAGAAGGGGAGACAGUGAUGCGCACAGUGUGCCCAGUGUCCUCUCCCCACGUCAUGUGGUUACUGAGAGAUCCCCUGGGCCUCCCACAGAGAGGACCAGAUCUUUCCAGUUGCCAGUGGAGAAGUUUUCCCAGCAGCACCCACAGGUCAUAGACGUGGAUGAAGUCGAGGAAACAGGAGUCGUCUUCAGCUACAACACGGACUCUCGCCAGACGUGUGCCAACAACCGACACCAAUGCUCGGUGCAUGCAGAGUGCAGGGACUACACUACCGGCUUCUGCUGCAGCUGCGUGGCUGGCUACACAGGCAAUGGCAGGCAGUGUGUUGCAGAAGGCUCUCCACAGCGAGUCAACGGCAAAGUUAAAGGAAGGAUCUUUGUGGGUACAAGCCAGGUCCCCGUUGUCUUUGAGAACACUGAUCUGCACUCUUAUGUGGUGAUGAACCACGGGCGUUCCUACACGGCCAUCAGCACCAUUCCCGAGCCUGUGGGCUACUCUCUGCUUCCUCUGGCGCCCAUUGGAGGCAUCAUUGGCUGGAUGUUUGCGGUGGAGCAGGAUGGAUUCAAGAAUGGGUUCAGCAUCACUGGGGGCGAGUUCAGCCGCCAGGCAGAGGUGACCUUUGUAGGAUACCCAGGUAAACUGGUCAUCAAGCAGCGGUUCAGCGGCAUCGACGAACAUGGACAUCUGACCAUCGACACAGAGCUGGAGGGCCGCGUACCCCAGAUCCCAGCCGGCUCCUCUGUGCACAUCGAACCGUACACAGAGCUCUACCACUAUUCCAGCAAUGUGAUCACAUCCUCCUCCACCCGGGAGUACACGGUGACUGAGCCCCAGCGGGAUGGCACCAGCCCAUCGCACACCUACACUUACCAGUGGCGCCAGACCAUCACCUUCCAAGAUUGCGUGCACGAUGACUCGCGGCCAGCCCUGGCCAACACCCAGCAGCUCUCCGUGGACAGUGUGUUUGUCUUGUACAACCAAGAGGAACGAAUCCUUCGCUAUGCACUCAGCAACUCCAUUGGGCCUGUGAGGGAUGAUUCCCCCGAUGCCCUUCAGAAUCCCUGCUACAUUGGCACUCAUGGCUGUGACACCAAUGCUGCCUGUCGCCCUGGCCCUGGGACCCAGUUCACCUGCGAGUGCUCCAUUGGCUUCCGAGGCGACGGACGGACCUGCUAUGACAUUGAUGAAUGUACAGAGCAGCCGUCAGUGUGUGGGAGCCACGCCAUCUGUAACAACCACCCAGGCACCUUCCGCUGUGAGUGUGUGGAGGGCUACCAGUUUUCCGACCAGGGAACGUGUGUAGCUGUUGUAGACCAGCGUUCCAUCAACUACUGUGUAACCGGCCUUCAUGACUGUGACAUACCCCAGCGUGCCCAGUGUGUCUACACAGGAGGUUCUUCCUACACCUGUUCCUGCUUGCCAGGCUUCUCUGGGGAUGGCCGAGCCUGCCAUGAUGUGGAUGAAUGCCAGCCAAGCCGGUGCCACCCCGAUGCCUUCUGCUACAACACUCCAGGCUCCUUCACAUGCCAGUGCAAACCUGGUUACCAGGGUGAUGGCUUUCGUUGUGUGCCCGGAGAGGUGGAGAAGACCCGGUGCCAGCAGGAGCGGGAGCACAUUCUUGAAUCUGUGGGGGCAGCAGACACACAACGGCCCCGCCCACCAGGCCUGUUUGUCCCCGAGUGUGAUGAGCAUGGCCACUACGUGCCCACCCAGUGCCAUGGCAGCACAGGCUACUGCUGGUGCGUGGAUCGUGAUGGCCGUGAGAUAGAAGGCACCAGGACCAGACCGGGACUGAGACCCCCAUGUCUGAGUACAGUGGCUCCACCAAUUCACCCUGGACCCCAAUUGCCUACUGCUGUGAUCCCCCUGCCCCCGGGAACCCACUUGCUCUUUGCCCAGGCUGGAAAGAUAGAACGUCUCCCGCUGGAUGGAAACACCAUGAAGAAGACAGAAGCCAAGGCGUUACUUCACAUGCCGGAGAAAGUCAUCAUUGGACUGGCCUUUGACUGUGUGGACAAGAUGAUUUACUGGACAGACAUCAGUGAGCCUUCCAUUGGGAGGGCCAGUCUGCAUGGUGGGGAGCCAUCUACCAUCAUUCGGCAUGAUCUCGGGAGCCCAGAAGGCAUUGCCAUUGACCAUCUCGGCCGCAACAUCUUCUGGACGGAUUCUCAGCGGGACCGGAUAGAGGUCGCCAAGCUGGAUGGCACCCAGCGCCGGGUGCUGUUUGAGACUGACUUGGUGAACCCCCGAGGCAUUGUGACGGACUCCGUGAGAGGGAAUCUUUACUGGACAGAUUGGAACAGAGAUAAUCCCAAAAUUGAGACUUCCUAUAUGGAUGGCACCAACCGCAGGAUUCUUGUGCAAGAUGACCUGGGCUUGCCCAAUGGGCUGACCUUCGAUGCGUUCUCAUCUCAGCUCUGCUGGGUGGAUGCAGGCACCAAUCAGGCAGAGUGCCUGAACCCCAGUCAGCCAAGCAGACGCAAGGUCCUUGAAGGACUUCAGUAUCCUUUCGCUGUGACAAGCUAUGGGAAAAAUCUGUAUUACACAGACUGGAAGACGAAUUCUGUGGUGGCUGUUGAUCUUGCUAUUUCCAAAGAAACGGAUUCCUUCCACCCGCACAAGCAGACCCGGCUGUAUGGCAUCACCACUGCCCUGUCUCAGUGUCCCCAAGGCCAUAACUACUGCUCAGUGAACAACGGCGGCUGUACUCACCUCUGCUUGGCCACCCCAGGAAGCAGGACCUGUCGUUGCCCUGACAACACCAUAGGAGUUGACUGUAUUGAGCGGAACUGAAGAUAAGAAUGCUUUGUUUUCUCUCCAAGUAUUUCACAGCAACAUCCUACUUGAAUCUACUUGGUCAGACUGAAAACUGUCCUCUGCCUGAGUGACCACUAGGCUCAGGUCCAGCCCAGCCUGAGCCCCAAGAACUUUCCUCUCUCACUGGUCCCCUAAAAAUACACUUCUAUAGUGGGAAAAUUUCUCCCCUCUACAUGAGGACAGAAGCUCUCACUUUAUCCCAGCCCUCAUGUAAAAGCCUUAUAAGAGCCUGGGUGAUGACUGUCCACCCCAUCCCAGUUCCCUGGGACCUUUCCCCAAUCUUAGAACCCCAAGUGGUAAGUAGAACUACUCCAAUCCUGAGUUGGCCCCUUCUUUGAGUCCUUAAAAGCUCAGCCUCAUUCAGAGGCAGCCGUCAUCCUGUCAACUGCUCAGCACACCAGCCAGGGUCUACCUGGGCAAGGCUGUGAGUGAAGGAGGGAGUUAGCCCUCCCAUACUUUUUAUCUUGGUGCUCUGAUGUCCCUGUUUAUAGUCCCAUUUCUUUUAUUCCCCAUUUCCUCAUUACCUUCAUCCCAAGGCCCCCAGUGUAAUGUGUAUGUUCUGCCUUUUGAUCAGAACCCAUCCUAUCCUAGGGAAAACAGGGGUACUUUGUGAAUGAAAAUGAGCACCCCUUCCCAGAUAAAAUAUUGGCAUUAUGGUAGUAGCCUUUGAUACCCAAAGGCAUAAGUUAAAGAAGCAUCCUAUGUAGAGCCAGAUGUUUGAGACUGAGGAAUUAUUUUGAUGUGCCUUAAGUGAUACCAAAGAUUAUCAGACUCACCUUAUUUUACUGAACAUUAUAUCCUAGCAUCUGGUCUCUGGUGCUGUGAACUCAUGGCACUACUGUCCUAGCUACUAAUACAGACUUGUCAGGCACAGAUUAGUGGUGGGACAAGAUGAGGACUCUUCAGUCCAUCAAUUUUGGCCUUUACUCCAGAGAACCAAUUUAUACUUAUCCAUGAGUUUGCUUGCUCUUUUUUUUCCCCCUAUCUUUGAAUACUAGUGACUAUAUAUAUAGCCUUCUAAAGAUAAUAGGAAGACCAAAUUGGCUAAUUAUAUGAAUGGUCCAAAUUCCGUAUUGUUUGUUUGUCCAGUUAAAUGGACCACUGCUGCAUUUCAUGUUUAUAUUUCUAAAAUUUGUUUAGAGAGCAUCUGCUUUAAGUAGCUAGUGCUAUCUUUUCAUCACCCACUCCCCAGAAUCCUAAAGCAAUGGACAUGUUGGACUGAAAUUUGAACAUAAGGCAUUUGAGUCAAUAAAGGGUAGGGUAAAGAGAACUCAAAGAAAUAUUUUGAGGAGAUUAACUCACAGCAGGAAUGGAAAAUCCAAGAGGAAUGGGUAGGAAAGAGGAUUUAUAAAUGAUGAU